AUGGUGUCUCGAACGGACUGGAUCCAUUCGCAAGUUGCGGUGGACAGGGAUGCUUUGGUAGCAGGCGAUGGCUGCCAUCAGGAAGAGGCGAAAGCUCUAGACGACUACUUGUCUGGCCUUCUGAAUACACAAGACGCUGCAAUCAAGAUUACAUCGCCUGUCCUCGGAGAAGGCGAUCCUCCUUCGGAGCUGUAUCGACUCUGGGGACUGCUGUCUAACGCACUGGUUGAACUCGCGGACGACCAAGCAAAGAUACUGGAUCUUUUAGCCGCAAUACAGGCAUUGCCGACGACUUCCAUUGACUGGACUAAACUCGAGGGCUUCGGUCAUAUGUUUAGUGACAUGCACCGGCUACAUCUCCAAGGUCACAGUCCUUGGGAGAAGGAGAACUGGACUGCCACCAGGAAAGUCGAGUUAUGUCAUCACUUCGAAAUCAUUGGGGCAGCGGAAGCCAGAAUGUAUCUUCGAGGUAUAGGUGGCAUAUCCGCAGACUGGGGAUACGAAGUGCUCAAUCUAGUUUGUUCGAGACGUCCAGGACUUGAUGUAUUGAUCUUUGAGGUGCACGCUUGGUUACAAUGUGCAGCUACGCAGCUCAAAAACAGUCUACAACCAGAGGAGACAAGAAGUUACUCGAGGCCGGUCCCUGGUGUACGUGUUGGAAGGCUACAGAGAGUACAUUGUACUAUGGUCGAGCAGUGGGGCACCUGGAAGAGAGAAUUAUCAGAUCUUAGCGGGAGUCAGAGUGCGCUCUCCGUGGAAAGCAGGGAUGUUGCUCCUUAA